AUGGUCAACAAGACCGACGGCAUCUUCAACAAGAGCGACGAGGAUGCCUUUGAGAUGUUUGCCGUCUACUGCGGGUUGGCGCUGCACCACGCCAAGCUGUACGACAAGAUCCGGAGGAGCGAGCAGAAAAACCGUGUCGCUCUCGAAGUCCUCGCCUACCACUCGGUGUGCAACCGCGACGAGGUGGCCAAGCUGAAGAAGAUCACGCUCAGGGAUCGCAUUGAGGAGCUGGAGACGUACGACUUCAACGGGAUGCGCCUGUCCGAGUUGGAGAAGCCGCUGUACGCCGUCUACAUGUUCAAGCACUUGUUCCACGAGACAAUCCCGUUCGAGUAUGAUGACCUGGUGCGCUUCGUGCUGACGGUGCGGAAGAAUUAUCGGAGGGUGGCAUAUCACAAUUGGGCCCAUGGCUGGUCCGUCGCGCACGCCAUGUACGUCCUGCUGCAUCAGAACCGCGAGCUGUUCACCCCGCACGAAGCCCUCGCCCUGUACGUCUCCUGCCUGUGCCACGACCUCGACCACCGCGGCAAGAACAACGCCUACAUGCGAGACAUGGCCACGCCGCUCGCCUCGAUCUACUCGACGUCCGUCAUGGAGCACCACCACUUCAACCAGACUGUCACCAUACUCCAGCAGGAAGGUCACAACAUCCUCCGUUCGCUGACGUCGGCCGAGUACAAGUCGGUGUUGGGGCUGAUCAAGCACUGCAUCCUGGCCACCGACUUGGCGCUGUUCUUCCCGAAUAAGGCCAAGCUGAACACGAUCGUCGAGGCGGGCAGCUACAACGUGGCCGACCCAGAGCAUCGACGACUGACUCAAGCCGUUCUCAUGACCGGCUGUGACCUGAUCGCCAGCGCAAAACCGUGGCAGAUCCAGACGGAGACCGUCAAGGUCAUCUUCGAGGAGUUCUACGAGCAAGGCGACGCCGAGCGGGUCAAUGGGAAGUCGCCGAUCCCGAUGAUGGACCGGAAUAAGGCGCAUGAAUUGCCACAGAUGCAGGUGGGCUUCAUGCGCGGCAUCUGCGCCCCGUGCUACGACCUGAUCGCCAAGGUUCUGCCAAAGAGCGAGACGCUGAAGCAGCGCUGCGAG